AUGUCACCAUUGAAGGGAAUCAAAGUCAUUGAGCUAGCAGGCCUAGCCCCAGGCCCGUUCGCAGGUCUCCUGCUAGCCGACUACGGCGCCUCAGUCCUCCGCAUCGACCGACCCAAAUCCAUAAGCGGCGAUCAACUAACCCGCAAUAAAACCUCAAUAACUCUCGAUUUACGCGAUAAAACCUCCCUAAACAUCCUCUUCCGCCUCCUCACAGCAGCCGACAUCCUAAUCGACCCCUUCCGCCCAGGCGUGCUCGAACGCCUCGGCCUCUCCCCAACAGAAGUCCUCCUGAAGCACAAUCCCCGCCUAAUCGUCGCGCGCAUGACCGGCUUCCGCCGCGACGGGAAAUACAAAGAUAUGGCCGGCCACGACAUAAACUACCUCGCCGUCUCGGGCGUGCUGUCCAUGCUCGGCCGCGCAGGGGAAAAGCCCCACGCCCCAGGCAACAUCCUCGGCGACUUCGCCGGCGGCGGUGCAGUCUGUUUCCAGGGGAUCCUGCUCGCGCUCAUCUCCCGCUCCCAUACUGGUCGCGGCCAGGUCGUCGAGGCAAAUAUGGUCGAUGGCUCGGCGUACCUUGCUACGUUCCCGCGGUUAGGGGAGGAAUACUCCCCGCGUGGUCGGAGCCGCGUGGCGAGAACCUGCUUGAUGUUUUAUGCGGCGUUGGUGCGCGGGCUAGGGUUUGAGAUCGGGCAGCUUCCGAAAAGGGAGGAUCGGGAGCAGUGGCCGGUUUUGAGGGAGAUCUUUACAAAGAGGUUUAAGGAGAAGACGCGCGCGGAGUGGGAGGCUGUUUUUGAUGGCACUGAUGCUUGUGCGACCCCUGUUUUGGAGCAGGCGGAGCUUGAGGACAAUGGGUAUGAGCAGAGGCCUAUGGUGCACCUUGUUAGUACGCCUGCCGCACCGAUUCCGGCGGAUCAGGGUGGUUGGUCGGGUGGGGGACUUUUGCCUGGGGAUGGGGGUGUUGAUACGCUUAGGGAGUGGGUGGGAUGGGAGCAAGGUAAGGAUUUUGAGGUCAGGAAGGAUGGGGCUUUUGUGGCGAUAGAUGGGAAGUCAAAGAUUUGA